AGGGGACAAUUUUGUCCCGCUCUCGAUUUUAAAUUGGGGCGAGGGGCGGAGCUUCUUGCCCAAACAGAGUUUCUAUUGGACAACCACAGACUGUUCUAAUCGGAGAAGAAAGACCAAUAGAGAGAGACAGCGGGCUGGACGCCGCGAGUUCUUCAUGGAACCCGCGCGCCUGGGAUGUCGUAACCUCCUGCUGGCAACGGUUGCUGCGCACGCGCAGUAGCCGCGGGUCCGGCCAGGGUUAGCGCCGCGGUCUCUCUGAGGCGCCGUUUUCCGCCGGCGGUGGUCGUUAAUCUCCAUUUAAAGUUGUCUUUUAAGUGGAGGCCCGAGGGUCGGAGGUACCAUAUGAAAAUUCCAGAUCAAUUUGUGGUUCUAAAGAGACGCUUUUAUCAAAAAUCAAGAAUGGCGGCCUCUGGGGGAACAUUUGUUGGAGUCCCCUCAUCAAGCAAUAAUGAUGAAUUGACUCCUGGAAUUGAUACAGUUUUCUUGGCAAUAUCCCCCCCUCCAACCGAAAUGGUUUGCCAGUGUCGUCUUCUUGGGGUUGAGAGGGAAUCGCUGACCCAAUGUCAUCCACUUGGCUUUUGUGGCAGGAUUAGAACAUCCAGCAGUCUCAGCUAUGGUUCUUCAUUUCAACCCAUCAAAACCCAAGUGGCCAUUCCUACAGCUCACGUCAUGCCCUCCACAUUGGACAGAUCAUCUUGUCUAGCAAGUGAAUCAAGCCCUCCUCAGACCACUUUGGCUUCCUCAAUGCCAAAUUCACUGGGUGACACAGGAGGAAUGAUGUCCAGCUAUGACUCUGAUACUGUGAGGCAAUCCCAGGUGAUCAACCAGAAUUCUCUUUGUCUGAAUCAGACUUCAGCAGAAAAUGGUUAUAAUCAUUCCUUGUUUCGUAGUUCUGGUCAGUCAGGUGUGGACUGUGUUCAGAAACCUAUCAGCCUAAAUGCUGAAGUCACCCAUUCUGCUUUUCUAGAUAGGCAUUCUCUUGGUCCUUGGUCCCAACUCCAGAUGUACACUCCAGGCAAUUCAAAUAGCACUUCUGCUGGCCUAGAAAAAGAAUACAAUAAAAUACUGCAGAAUACUAAAACAUCAACAGAUUCCAAUAGAGUCUGUGGAAAGCAAGUAUCCUUGGGAUUUAAUGCUGCUAGUAUGUUUUCCACCCCCUUGGCUGCUCAAUCUCAGACAUCAAAGCAGGAACCUUGUACAAUACAUCCACAUGAAAAUUGUGCACACAGUGCUUGGAAACAACAUCUAGAUUGUGUUCAACUGCAACUGGAACAGAUGCAUCUUCAAAAUAAACCUUGUUACUAUCCUUUGGUGAACAGUACUUCACUUCACACACUUGAUCCAGCUCAGUGGGUUGGCAUUGCCAGCACAAAUGAAAAUUUGCUCCUGGAGAAAGAAAUUCUCAUCGACAGGCAGAGACAGCACAUUUCCCAGCUGGAGCAGAAACUACAAGAAAGUGAAAUGCAAGUCCACAGUGCCCUCUAUGGCCAUCCUGCUCCUUAUGGGGAUAUGCAUCUCUUCAGAAUGCAGGAGUUACAGCGGGAGAAUAUAUUUUUACGGGCUCAGUUUACUGAAAAAACAGACUCACUCAAUAAGGAAAAAAUUGAAUUGGAAAGGAAACUGGCUGCUUCAGAAGCUGGUAUUAAACGGAUCCAAGAGAUUCACAAAGAGACCAUACAGAAGCAUACAGUAGAAUUGAAGAAACAAGAAGAAAGGGUCAAGUCCAGAGACAAGCACAUUGAAUACCUGAAAAAGAAAUGCCAAAAAGAAUUGGAUCAAAACCAUGGGAAGCAGCAGAGAAUUGAGACUCUGGAGCGCUAUGUUGCUGACCUCCCAGUAUUAGAGGAUCAUCGAAAACAAAGUCAACAGUUAAAGCAGUCUCAGCAGACAGUUAGCACUUUACAAGAAACAGUGACUACUCUUGAAAGGGAGCUAAGAGAUGUUCGCACUGACUGCCAAGAGAAGAAGUUGCAGCUAGAAGUGCAGAAACACAAAGAAAUGGAACUGCUUUCCACAGUGCGCAGUUUACAAGAUAAAAUGCAGCAAAUGAAGCCUUCAGUACCAGAAGAUUAUGCCCAAGAGAUAGAGAGAGAGAAAGAAGAAAAAGAGGCUCUGCAAAAAGAAUCUGAUCUUCUCAGGAAGAUUGUGGAAAAUCAGAAGAAGAAAUUGGAUCACUUGUCUUCACAAAUAAAGGAUCUGGAGGAACAGAUUGCCCAGGAUGAUGGUACAGCCCAAGCUCUGAGAGCAGAAGCCUUGAAGCAGGAAAAUGCAAUGCAGCAGCUAUGCAGAGCAGUGAAAGAGCUGUCUUCUCAGAACCAAGAAUUGAUGGAAAAAAACCUGACCUUCCAGGAGCAUCACCGGCAGAUAGAGCUGGGCCAGCUGCAGUCAAGUGAAACAGCCAGCCUGACUCAAGAGCUGCAUAGUGAACUAGCCAGCUGCCUACAGGACUUGCACUCUGUCUACAGUGUGGUUACUCAGCGGGCUCAAGGAAAAGAUCCCAAUUUGUCGUUGCUGUUAGGCAUUCACACUGUACAUUAUUCUGUUCAACAAGAAAAAGACUUGCUGAAACCAGACACGCUAGCAAAGAAAGUGGAGGAUGUAAAACAGUUGCACAAAGAGAUUGAAGAUUUGAGGACUGCUAUUUCGGACAGAUAUGCUCAAGAUAUGGGUGAUAACUGCAUUACUCAGUGAAGGCCAAAUAAGUGGAAGAUGUGAAGUAGGUUUGUACUGUGCAGGGUGAGUUUUCAAAAGGUCUUUAUAACCUGUUCUGGUGAAGAUGCUUCCCACAGCUGGAAAUCAGAUUUUCUCUUGACAGGAAAGCUCUCUAAGGACAAUGAGCCUGUAAAGGCGUGGCCAAAAUAUAUAUUUUUUUGUAUCCUGCAAUUCUGGAUCUGGUUCCUGUUAGCAGCUGCAGUCAGGAAAAUGUCUGCCAGCAUUUAUUUCUGUAAUUUAUGGCAUAAGCAUUUUUUCAGACACUGCAAUCAUGGAGACACUCACUCUUUGUAAUGGAAUAGCUGCGAGGUUGCGAAAGCUUUGAUGAGUUAGGAUUGAAUAUAAAAUGGUAGUCCCUAUGUAGGAAAAACUGAAUCAGCUGUGGUAAAGCAAGUCUGAACAGAAGAAAGAUCUGUUUUUAACAGGUUUUUGAAAUUUGUAAGAUAAUCUUGUACUCUCAGGUUUUUUCCAAUUCCUUCCAGAAACUAGAACUAAUAUGAUGAAGUUGUAGCAUUUCUCCUUAAAUGUUAGAUCUCCAAAGCCUGUGCUAGUUCCCCAGGUUUCUUAUGACCACUGCUAAUGGCAUAGACACUUUCAAUGUCAGUCUGUUGCCCUGGAUUCUUAGGUUUUCAAUGCAGAUGCACUUUUUAAACUAUUUUCAUAUCACUGUUCUCUAUGCAAGCAUUAACUUGACAUUCUAGAAUGUAUGGAUUCAAGUGUUGAAAUGCCUUAAUUCUCCUAGAAAUAAACCUUUGGAAAAAGAGAAACUGAAUUUUCAUAUUGUUGCAAUGUGGGCAAUUAGGUUUACACACUGUAAUAGAAAGAAUUACAGGUUGGUUUUAAAACUAGCCCUUCU